GGCUCCCGCGGCACAAUGGCCCGCCCGGCCCCCGCCCCGCGCGCCCCUCACCUCAUGGUGCCGGCGGCGCAGAGGCUUCCCCACCAGCCGGGAGACGCAGAAGGCGCCGAGCCGAGGGGGGUCUCUCCUCCAGGGGUGGGGAGCAGCUCGGAGACGGGAGACAAGUGUCCGGCUCCUCCUUCGGCGGCCAGGGGGCUACACCAUCUCCUCGCACAAAGCCGAGGCGCCGGCCGGGAGUGUGGGAGAAGAGGGCGAGAGAAAGGCUGGGGAGGGGGCGGAGAGGCCGAGGCGCGGAGCUGGUCCCCAGGCGGCCGCCGCCUCCCACCUCCUCGUGGUCCUGCUCCUCCUCCCGGAGCUUCCUCGGCCGCCCUCGGAGGGGUGCCCGCCGGGGCCGCGCGCCCGGCCGCCGCUCCACAGGCCCGCGCUCGCCGCGCCGCCGCCGAGGCCGUGUGCAACCGGCAGCUGCUGCAGCCGCGGGAGGAGAGUCGGGAUCGCCGCGAGGAGCCCGGGAGGAGGCGGGGCGCGCGGCGGAGGAACACGCAGGCGCCGCCCUCCUCCCCUCCUUCCCCCGGGGGCGAGGGGGCGGUGCGGGGGGAGGGGAGGAAAGGGGAGGCGGGGGGCCGGGCGCGCUCCCCCGCGCCGGCGGCCGGGCCCCCGCCGGACUGCGGAGAGCGAGGCUGGGAGAGAGCGAGCGCGACGGCGGCGGCGGCGGCGGCGGAGAGAGGCUCUUUGUUGCCUCCCUACCCCGCCCCCUGCACCCCCCUGGGAUUCGGGCGGGCCACCACCCCCCCCUCCCGCCCAACACCUCCCGCCAGUUGUCGGCAGGGGUUCCUCGCCCGGGGUUCCUCGCCCGUGGUUGUCCUUGACCGUCGUCCCCCUCCCCGUCGCCUCCCGCUCCCCAGAGGCUUGGGGAGCUCCGAGGCCUCCCCCACGGCCGCGGUGCGGAGACCGAGGCGCCGAGACCUCCUGGGCGCCAGACCCGAAUCCCAGCGUGCUGCGCCGAUGGAACGAGUUGAUGUGCACACUAGGUAUAAGGAUGACUUCAUCCCCAAACGAACGCAGCCGACUCUCGGGGAAACGCAGUCGCCGGGAGACGCGCGCGGAACAGUGUGUCGCCGCAAGAGUGGAAGAAGAGAAACGCAGCCAGUGGAGCCGCUUUCCAGCGUCAUUAGCAAAGAGGGAAUCCCGGGCAGGGGGCGGGGAGAGAGAGGAACUAAUGAUAAUUUUAAAUUUUUCGUCAUUCCCAAUGGUCUUGAAGUCACCUCCCUUAAAAAGUAGAUAUAAAAUACUGGCGAGGCAAUUUCAUUUCAAGUCAAGUCGGGGAGGAGGGCAUCCAGGAAGCCAGAAUUGAUCAUUGUUGAAGGUUUUGUUUUCGGUUUUUUUUUUUAAUCUAAAAACAAAUCCAAUAAUAAAAUUUUUAACUGUA